AGAUGAUCGAUUUUGUGGGAAUCGUGUUCGCGAUAUUGAUCGUUGUCGGUGGCGUCGUUGGCUAUAUGCGAGCAGGUUCUGUUGCUUCCCUGUACGCUGGAUUGGUUUUCGGUGUUGCUAUCGGUGCCGGUGCCUGGUGCAAUUCGCUCCAGGAACCGUUCCCAUACGUUCAACUGUUCGUUCUCUCCGUGCUGAUCGUCGUUAUGAUGAUACGGUUCUACAAAACCAGAGCAUUCAUGCCACCGGGCAUGAUACUGCUGCUGUCGCUGUGCGUCAUGGUGUGGACGGUUUUCAUAUAUGGCGAUUAUUUUAGCUUCAUUUCCGGCACGAAUGAUAAGCCAAUACCGGUAAACGGAACAAUUAACGUGCCGGUUAGCGAUGGACGCAAGCUGGAAUGA